AUGUCAGACACAUCAAACACAACUCAACACAACACAACACAAAACCUCAGCAACAGAAGCACAGAGAGAGAGAGAGAGAGAUAAAGUCACUGUUCACUUUCCCCAUUUUCUUCUUCUUGGUUAUUUGGAUUCAGAGUUUUGUUCCAUGAAUUCCAACAAGCGAGAGGAAGAAGACGACCUAUUCCUCCCACACCCUUCGGAUCUGUCUCCUCCGCCGCCGCCUCUGACGGACCCUUCCUCCUCGUCCUUCUCCCUCCUCUUCCCCUCCUCGCCCUCAUCCUCCCACUCCUCCCCCUCUCCUCCCUCCAAACCCCUCUUCAUCUCCCCCGACCCUCACAUCUCCUCUCAGUUCUACACCUUCACCCCAUCCUCCCACGCCCUCAUGCUCCGCUCUCUCCUCCUCCGUCGCCUUCCCUCCCCCUCCGACAUCCGCGGCGCCACCCCGCGCAACGUCCUGGCCUCCUGGCGCACCGUCUGGAAGGACCGGAACGAGGACACUGCCUACCUCACUGCCUGGAAACGCAUCCAAGACAAACUCACCACCCACCACGACCCCUCCACCAACUCCCACUUCCUCUGCUUCAAAACCAACCCUCACCAGUUCGUCCCCCACGUGGAGCAAUGGCAGCAAAUCGUCAUGUCCCACCACGCCGACACCGACCUCAACCACCUCAACCUCAAGGACACCCUCGAACGCAUCAAGCAGCACUGGACCGUCGGGGCCAAGUUCUACGGCAUCCCGGAGAGCUUCAUCCGCGUCUGUGUCGCCGCCUGCCCCGCCUGCUGUGCGGCGGAGGGCUCUGCUGAACCCUCAGCCUCUCGCGGUAAGCGCCGCCGCUUUGAGUAUACUGAGAGCUUCGAUGUUCCGGCUAGGGAAGUGCCCUCAAGGCUCCAGCAGCUUGCGGCUAAGCAUAAGGUCGUUCUUUGCAUCAGACAGAAGUAUAUUAGGUAUAAGCCUUUCAUGGCUGAGGUAAAGGACUAUGCUUGCCAUCGGGCUGGUGAACCUGCUGCUAAGAAAUCUAAGGUUUUGAAGAGGGAGCCUUACGCUUCCAAGAGGUGUGGAUGUGGGUUUAGGAUUAGGGCUAUUGUGCCUAUUGCGAAUUACAAUGAGAAGGAUAAGAGUUUUGUGUAUCAGGAAGAAGGGGUGGCGGUUUUUAAGCUUUAUGCUGUGCAUUCUGGGCAUGAGCCUGGGCCUUUGGAUGGGAAUGCCAGGAUUAUGCAUAGGGUUGUUGGGCAUAAGGGUGGUGGGUAUUUGAUGGAUCAGGAGAAUGUGUAUGGGGUGAGUGAGGAGAUGGAUGGGGAGGGGGGGUUUGGGUUGUUGGGGAAGGAGGAUGGUGGGGAUUUGCAGUUUUCAGUGCUGCAACAGGUUCAGGAGUUGAGGAAUGAGGUGGGGAUGUUGGAGGGAAAGGUUGCAAAGAUGCCGAGGGAUUUGUUGGGGUCGAUUUCCAGGGAAUUAUACGAGGUUUUGAAUAAGGUUAGGAGCAUAGGGGAGGUGGGGUUGAAGCCAGCCGAGUUGAUCACAGAUAAGGUGGAUGAUGUGUUGGUUGGGGAUAAUGAUCUUGCUAACUGGAGUAACCAUCAUGAGAGGAUUUAUGGUGAUGGCAAGGACACAGAGCUGAUUGAGGAUGAUGAGGACAGUUUUGGCCGGACACUGGGGGAGGUUGUUUCAUGGGGGGAUCAGAUGAGGACCGAGUGCAGGAGUGAGAAGGAUCUCAUGAGUGACAGUUGUAAGCCUGAAAAGUGGUUGAAGUGCAGUGACUUUGAUGAGAAGAGCAUUCUUGAUUGUGAGGAGGAUAGUAAACUAUCCAAGCCCAUCAGAAUGAUCAGACAUGAUGAGGGGAUAGUUUCGGAUGUAGUAGGUCUUGGCUGUAUUCAGGUUGAUAGUUUCUACCAGGACAAUUCUAAAUGGGGUGAGACAACCCAAUACAGCAUCUGUAGCUCAGCCUCGUUGUUUAUUUCUUCUUGGCACAUGCCGUGAAUAUCUCCUUAGUAUUGAAUUGAAGAAUGAAGGUUUUUGGUGCCAUAACAAAUGCUUUCAGGCUACUGAUCUGGAGAAAUAUACCAGACAUGAACCAGACACUGCAAGGAGUAAGGGCCAAGAAGAUCAUGGUAUACCCCGAAAUUAGGUAUGCUUCCAUAUAUUGUUAGCAGGCUUGCCGUUUUCAGCUGAAAGUGCACCAUAGAAUCCAUUUCUUGUUUCUCAUUGUGUUUCAUUCAUUACUGUGCUCGAUUUGGUCCAUUGUGAAGUCUUGAAUCUCUAUGAUGGUACACUCUCUUGCAUACUUGUAAUUUGUGUGAAAUUUGAUCAUGUUCUUCGUUUGUGUCAUAGUCAUUCGUUGUUUAUUUUUCUCAACCUUUAUAAUAGUAAUUAUGUUCUAAUAUUUCAUAAGGUUUAGACAAGAAUCAAAGAAUUUUACUCUAAUCUGAUCUGGCGAGUGUAUGCCUAGUUGGACUUGGGAAUAUUCUUUAACUUUCAACUGCAGAACAUAACACCAUAUGCUGUUUAUAGUCAAGCAACACUAGACUUUUCAUAGCUUCAAGGUAUUAAUACAAUUUUUACAUAGACAGAGAACAGGAUUUGGAAUCUCAGAUAAAUAUGGAAGUAUGUAUUGCUUUUAUACAUGGUUUUUAACAUUUAUGAAAUUCAAUCAUAAUCUUCAUUAUUUGUAAUAUAAUUAUGCUCAAAGGUUUCAUCACAUUGAGUCAAUAAUCAAAGAAUUUUGAUGUGAUAUCAGUUUUUACACUAUUUUGUUGUGCUCUGGAAUAUUCUACAACUAACAACUGCUGGACCAUAAUGGCUGCGUUUCUGAUGUCUAGCAACAAUAGACUUCAUAGUUUUGAAGUCUUAUCAUAAGUUAGUUAUUUUACGAUGACAAAAAAAAAAGAUUUGGAAUUUUAGAUUAGUAUAUAGAAGAAUAUAUACCCAAUGGGAUAAUGCUUUGUUGUUUUGUGGAAGAAUAUAUUGUUUUCAUUUAUUUUAUUGAGAAUUAUACAAGAGAAUGUGUAUGAGUUGAUACAUGUGUUAUAAGCCAUCUAAUAUUUUUGAACAUCUCAAAAGAUGUAAAAAGCUUCAGUUCCACCACUCUUUGAAAGCUGGGAAACAUGCAGAUGCUGACAUGCUUUGAUUUGGCAAAUGCUUAUUAGAAAAGAAAGGAGAAGUAAAACAGUCACAGUCAUUCAUCCAUCCUUCUUUGUCAUGAAGGUCCGUGACUUUGACAUGAAUGUAGGAACAACAUCAGACCUGGGACCAAAACUCUUUGCUUUGUUUUAUUGGGAUUGUGAAAUCGUUCAUCUCUGACCCUUGGCUAUUCUGUUGUUUUGCUCUGUCACCGUUCAGUGUUUUCUUGUCUUUUGUUUUUAUAUGUAUGCUUAUUACUGAAAAUUGUGAAGCUGUGAAGAUGUGGAUCCUAGUGUUAUGAGCCUUCUUGUGACUGGUAAAGUGAGAAGCAGCCUCAUCUUUGACAGAGACCCUUUUAAGAAGUUUUUCUAAAAGUAAUUUCUCAUUAAUAAUAUUUCCCUCAGAUCUGCCUUUACAAAGGCUUACUUACAAAGAUAUUCAUAAUUAAUAGGAUCAUUCGUAACAACUAUCCCAAUUGAUAAAAUAAAGAAAUGAAGAAAUCCUUGAUUAGUGGGAUGAUGUGUAGUAAUUAUCCUAAUUAAUAUAAUCAUAGGUCACAAUUGUCCUAAUAAAAAAAAGUAAUAGAUCUGAAAUUAGGGAUUCAGAUGUGCAUGUCUUAUGCAGAUAGGAAAAUAUAAAGAAACAAAGUAACUAAACUUAAAGAUAAUGAGAAUGAUAAUCCUAAUAAGUGAUCCACAUCACUUAGUUAUUAUUUCCAUCAGUGUCUUUCGCUUAUUAGUCGUGUGCAGAUUAUCAAAUGUGACAUUGGUUAUUCUUAUGUUGUUAACAUGUGUUAUAAUGGUUCGAAUAAUGGUCGUAAUGCAAAUAAUAUCAUUGAUACACUAUUUUAGAUGAUACACUUCUGUUGAAAAAUAAUACACAUGGUACAUAGAAAGGAUUCUCCUAGUCAUUUUGACAUAGGUUAUCUCUUUCAUAGUGAUUGACGUAUUCUGAAAAAACUUAAUUUCAACUGUUAAAUCAUGGUGAUGUUUUGUCGUUGUUGUUUGGAGAUUGCAUCAACCUGAAUUUCUUUUUCUCUUCACUUUUACUUGUUGUGUACUAAUUCUUUCCAAGUUUGUGAUGCAUUGAGUUUAAUAAACAGCGGACAUGAUCAGAAAGUUGCAUGAAACUUUUAAGUACUGUUGCUUCAGUAUCAUUCAUGGAACAGUUCAGCAGAAUGGGUGGAGUGGAGUAUUGAAGGUUCACUUGUCACAUGGGUUGUUCUUUGAAUAUACUAUUCAUUCUUGUUUUGUUUAUUGUUAUUUGUUUGGUCUGUGGUUGAUGUGUCUGCUUAUCAGUACAGACUCUGGGUAAAUUUCCAAUAGGGUGGCUACUUAUCAGUGAAAGUUUUAAUUUUUACUAUUUGUAAUCAUGUCGUUGAUGGAAAGGUAGUAGAACUUGGUGUCCAUACUUUCUUCGUAAGGUAAUGAUUAUCAUCCUAGGAUGAUAACUGCAUUUCUUUACGAAUGUUAACGAGUGUUUUUGAAGCCCUUCAUCAGUAUAUAUUACUUACAUGGUGCUUUUUGACGCAAUCUUAUCACAAUUUUCUAUUAAAAAACAUAAUUUAUUCAGUGUUACACUUGAUUUCAAAAUUCUCAAAUUUAUACCAAUCAAACGACGAGACUAUUUAUCUAUAACAGAACGUUCUCAUGUUCAAGAACGUUCUCAUGUUCAAGACAUGGAUGUUUCUAAGGAUGUCUCUAUUUUUGGAAUUCUAAACGAAAAAUACUGCCACGAAAACACUGCUCGACAUUGUUGAUAGCUUAACUUUGAACUUUUUAACAUUUAGAUGUAUCAGAAUCUAUGAUUAACCAGUUAAAAGUAUUAUGAACUUGUACACAGUGCAUAGUACUGUCUAAUUUCCAACAGAAGAACUGGGAAAACUUUCUUAGCCAAAGAAAGAGAUAGCCAUUGGUUGUUACAUGAUUCUUCAAGUACAGUUAUCAACAAACUGAGAAAGUAGAUAUGACUUCAUUAGACAUGAUUAGCUAAAGCAAAAGACAAGAAAAUGGUAAGCAAAGUUAUGCUUAGGGAGAGUUAGAUUGCUGGAAUCUUACUCCGGGCAAGUAUUUGGUGACAAAUUCUCGAGCCAAAGUUUGGAGUUCCCUAUCCUCCAGCUGUUGAUCUGAUUGGUUGAAAAGGAUGCUGCUUAACUCUAAUGAUGCUGAAUGUGGUUGAAGAGGAUCAUACUGCAUCAUAGGGACACUCUGCAUUUCAGCAUUUGAUGCCAAAUGAUCUGAGGAAGGAAGAGUUUGUGGUGAUGAACUUUGAGGGUGUGGAAGAGGAGCUACUGCCAUUGGCAUGCGCUGCAUUGUGGCCAAACGGGCUUGAACAUAGGUCAACUCAGCCUGCAAGUUCAUAACCUGCACAAUUUAAAUCAACAUCUAGUUAAUCAUUGUUGUUAAACAACUACAGUACACAUCAGUUGCAUUUCAAUUGCAACUAUUCAUAUAUCAUGUAAGGAGGUUUUGAUUAAAUAUGAUAACUUAAUAAUUCUGUAGCCAUA